AGACUUUGAACGGCCUGUGUGAAACUCGCCUGACUUUUGUUUGGUCUCGACACAAGCGACAAACUACGGAGCUUUUUACCACAAAUAAACACCUUUUAUGAAGAUUUUACCGCCUCUUCACCUUUAUUAUUUACUCAAACGGACAGGAGACGUAAAUUACGAAAGUGUCGCCGCUGCAAAAACGAGUGUUAUUCAGAGGGAUAAAGGAGUGAGCCAUGCCUUUUCCGAGGGGAAAGAAGCCCACAGUGGCCGCCGGCAGCAAGAUACCCAAGUUAAACAGCAAAGUGGCUGAGAAGCAGCAGGAAGAUGGCCCCCAGGUCAAGCGGUCGUCCUCCCCUCCUCACGGCGCUCCCAAGAAGAGGACGGCCUUUGUGGACAUCACCAAUGCCCACAAGGUGCAGAUCAGCCUGCCGGGGAGGAAGAAGGAGCCGGCGAAGAAGACGCUGAAGAAGACCACCAGCUGCUCGGCGCUAGUGUCGGCCAAGAACCAGGCCAACCUCCAGAAGUCGUCCUCGGUGAGCUCCGAGGGGACGGCGGCGGAGAAGGAGAGCCCCGAGGUGGAGAGCAAAGCCGGAGGUGAGAAGGAGGAGAAGAAGAAGGAGAAGGAGGAGCAGAAGGAGGCGGCGGCCCCAGUAGAGGAGCUGGAGGCCGCCGCUCCCCCUGCUGUCCGGGAGGUGCCACCACACCUGCAGAGGCAACAGAUCCCAGUGGAGUUUGACAUCGACUCGGAGCACUGGGACGACUGCUGCAUGACUCCAGAGUACGCCAAGGACAUCUUUGACUACCUCAAACAGAGAGAGGAGAAGUUUGUCCUCGGCGACUACAUGAGCCAGCAGCCCAGCCUCAACCCGGGCAUGAGAGGCAUCCUGGUCGACUGGCUGGUGGAAGUGCAGGAGAACUUUGAGCUGAACCACGAGACGCUGUACCUGGCCGUGAAGAUGACGGACCACUACCUGUCGCUGACGCCCGUCCACAGGGAGGCGCUGCAGCUCAUCGGCUCCACGUGCAUGCUCAUCGCCUCCAAGUUUGAGGAGCGCUGCCCGCCCUGCGUGGACGACUUCCUGUACAUCUGCGACGACGCGUACAAGAGGGAGGAGCUUAUCGCCAUGGAGGCCGGCAUCCUGCAGACGCUGGGCUUCGACAUCAACAUCCCCAUCUCCUACCGCUUCCUCAGGCGCUACGCCAAGUGUGUGAACGCAGGCAUGGACACGCUGACCCUGGCGCGCUACAUCAGCGAGCUGAGCCUCCAGGAGAUGGAUCUGGUGGCGGAGCGCGGCUCGCUGCUCGCCUCGGCCUGCCUGCUGAUCGCCCUCGUCACCAAGGACCUGGGAGGAUGGGCCCCCGUCCUGCAGUUCCACUCGGGCUACCAGACGUCCGAUUUGGCCCCGGUGGUCAGGAAGCUGCACUCGAUGCUGACGGCGCCUCCGGACAGCAAGCUCAGGGCCGUCAGGAGCAAAUACUCCCACAAGGUGUUUUUCGAGGUGGCGACGCUCCCGGUCGUGGACAUCGACGCGCUGGAGAAAGCGUUAAAUCAGUGAGAACGUGACAACGCAAACUCCCGGACGACAAAACCGAGCGAAGGAAAAAAAAAACCCAGUGUGAAUUUUACUACCGAGAAGUUCCCUGUACAUAAUUUGUGAAUAUGUUAAAUAUUUAUAUCGAUGUA